AAACUUUCUGCAGCUGUCACAGCAUAUGUAUUCUGGCAAACUUUGUUGAUGGCAGGGGACAUACAAAGUCUAUAUACUUUGAUGAAGGGCAUCCAUCAUCUGUAGCUAGCUGCAGCAGAUCAGUUAGUUAAUCACAGAAUGUCUCAUCUGAGCAUUCUCUCCUUCAAGUACAAUCUCGCGAAGCUCCGGUCCAAGGCCGGGUCCAAGGCCAGCCGUCCUGUGGGGCGGCCCCUGUCGGCGAGGGACCGGCAGUUCUCCGACCUGAGCACCUACAAGCCCGACGAGGAGGAGAUGAAGAAAGUGUUCCACACGAUAGCUCGGGACCCCCGCGGGAUCAACAAGAAGGACCUGCAGCUGCUCCUGGAGAGGCUCGGGAAGGCCGACGCCGCCGGCGAGGCGCGGCGGAUGAUGUGCGUCGCGGACCACAACAAGGACGGGUACAUGGACCUGGAGGAGUUCAUGGAGGUUCACAGGAACGGCGUGCAGCUGGGGGACAUCCGGCGGGCGUUCUUCGUGUUCGACAGGAACGAGGACGGCAGGAUCAGCGCCGAGGAGAUCAUGACGGUGCUGCGCAAGCUCGGGGAGAGCUGCAGCCUGGAGGAUUGCCGGAAGAUGGUGAGGGAGAUUGACAGGAACGGGGAUGGCUUCGUCGACAUGGACGAUUUCAUGGCCAUGAUGACUCGCCCACGGAGGAAGCUGUGAGCUCUGGAGCUGUGGAGCACUGAACUUCCAUGUACUCUCCAAUGUAAAUUUGUUAUGCGUGCAAAUCUCAUCCAGAAUAAGAUGAUCGGAUUCAAACAAA